AUGGCCGACACCGAAGAAACACCUGCACAGCGACAAGCGAGAAUUCGGCGGCAGAAGCGAGAGGCGAAGAUCACAAGCGCGGCGACCGAAAGGCUCGACAAAAUCACCAAACUUAGUGGAAGGACUCCGGAGAGCUUGAAAAGCGACUCUUCUGUAUCGACGCCCUCCGGCACGUCUACGCCUUCGCAGGUCCCUACUCCGAACCUUGGGCCGGAUGCUCCAGGUUCGGCAAGUCCCGAUCAGCUCAAAGCACAGGAGGAAUAUCUGAGAACAUUGUUGAGACAACCAAUACCGCAAGAUGGCCCAGCACCAGUAGAACAACAAGAAGAGGACCCCAUGGUGAAGAUGCUACAAGCCAUGAUGGGAGGGAUGGGCGGUCCAGCCGACCCCAGCGUCCCAGGGGGCUUGGGUUCAACCCCCGGGUUUUCUCCGGACGACAUAUCAAAAGCGACAGGGCUUCCCUCGUUCUUGACUAACAUGGUGAUGGGAGGACAGAAGGCACCACCCUCAGAAGCGGAGGUGCAAGCCACGAGGUUGUGGAAGGUGCUGCAUGUCGUUUUCGCCGUCAUGGCAGGGCUGUAUUUGGUACUCAGGGUCAACACAUCUGUCGAACUGUUUGGCGAGAAUCCGCCGGCGCCAGCAACCUUCCAGAAUCCCUUUCUAGUGUUUGCAACUGGUGAACUGCUCAUGCAGACGACCAGGGUGGCAACCAAAGGGCAGUCGGGCAAAAGCGGAUUUGGUUUGUGGCUACAGAUGGUUAGGGAAUUUAUCGGGGAUGGGGCAAUCCUGGUGUUCAUGCUAGGGAUAGCGUCCUGGUGGAAAGGAAGUUUAUAG